CACAAAUUUCACUUCGAUCAACUAAACUCAACUUGGACAUCAACCGCACAACCCAAGAUCACAAAAGCUUAGCUCUGCCAACAACCAACCACGUAAUUCACCAACGCGCAUUUAGCGCAUGCCAGAACCAUCUAUCAGAAUAACACAUCUAGCGCAUGCAUAAAGCUAAAAGAUCAACAGCGCCGCAUGCCUAAAGCUUAGCAGUUCAGCAUGGCCUCCACAGCAACGACAAUGUCGCAAAGCAAAGACACAAACCCAACAGCAGCAGCGGACGAUGAUUACAUAACCGUUGUUGAAGUCGACGACCCCACAUCGUCCACCAAAGACACAAACCAUUUGAAGAAGCUAGUCAAACGGCAAAGUUCCGUCGCCGAAGACUCCUCAUUUAUUACCGUGCUGACGAUCAACGAACAGCAACAGCUGUUGCAGCAGCAACAGCAACAACAACAGCAGCAACUGCAGCAGCAGCACAUUCAAACAGAGACAGAUCAGGCGGAGCAUGUGACCGUCUAUCGUUUGCCAGGCGAACGCCUGGGCUUCGGCCUUAAAUUUCAAGGUGGCACCCGCAACACGGAACUGGUGCAGAAGCUGUUCAUACAAUCGUGCGCCGCCGACAGUCCCGCCUCCAAGGUGGCCACCAGUUGGGGCCAUUUGCGCGAGGGCGACGAAAUCCAAAGCAUUGAUGGCCAUCAGGUCUCGCAAAUGACGCGCAUCGAGUGCGUGCGCUGCCUCAAGGAUAGUGUGGCCAUACAUCUGGUGGUGCGCAACGGCCAUGGCCAGAAGCCGCCCAGCGAGGAUGAGCAUCAAUCGGAGGUGUCCAUUUCGCUCAAUGCCCAGCCACCGCCGCCGCCGCCAGUGCCGCCACGCAAGCUGGUGAAGCGACAGAACUCCAAGGAGGGGCCGGCCACAGUGCAGCUUGUGGUGGAGAAGCCGCUGACACCGCCGCCGGAUGCCGAGUACUAUAUCAAUCUCUUUGCCGAGUCCUUGAAAGCGGGCUCCGAGUCCGAUGACACUGCGAGCACCAUAUCCACCGUUAUCGAUAAGCUCUCCAUGGGCUCCAAUUACUCAUCGGACACCGAGUUGACCAGCAGCCUGAAUGGCCCCGAGCUGGCCAAGCUGGUGCAGCCGUUCACCCUGCUCGAGGAGGAGUUCCAGCUGGAGCAAACGUUGAGUCAGCCCAAGCUAAUCAUACCGGGCAAUAAUUACGAGAACAUUGAGUUCAAGACGGAGAAAGUCAAUGACUAUGAAAAUGUGGAGCUGAAGAGUCCGCUGAGCACGCCAACGCCUAAGCCGCGCGUGCUGCUGGCUACUGUGGAGCCCAAGAAGCGUUCCAUUAUACCGAUGCCACGUAAGAUCGCCACGCCCAGCAAGCUGCCCAUCGAGGUGGCGCCGCCUCGUAUACCCACAGACACACCCACAACGCCCACCACUGAGCCGGUCAAGGAGAUCAAAAAGGAGCAAACGAAGAUACCCAAGGCCAAGCACGUGAGUUCCAUAGUCAGUCCGGGCUUCUCACGCGCCAAGACCGAGGGCGAGAUCAGGCUGCAUCUGCAGCCCGCUAAGCAACAGUCGCCGCAGCUCAAAUCACGCAUACCCAUUGUCACAACACCCGUGCAGAACAAAUCCCCGCCAGCUAACAAAUCGAUGACAACAUCAAUGAUUGCCCUGUCGCCGACAUCGCCGCUGGCUGUCAACUCCAACAUUCCUCGCCUGUUGCAGAAGCAAAAGUCGGAAACAGAUCUGAAGCUCGGCUUCUAUCGCAGCAAGUCCAAGGACCUGAGUCCCGGCCCAGGACAUCUGCGUGCCCCAUUGCAGCGGGCCAACUCUGCAGAAGCGCCAGCACGCACAACACCUGAGCGCACGUUCAUACCUGUUCUGCUCAACAGUGGCACGAGGAGCAGCUCCAACUCCACAGAGUCGCUGAGCUCCAUCUGCAGCAAUGGCAGCAAUGGUCGUUCCCCGAAGGGACCCAAGCCGAAGCCUCCCGAGCGCGUGCAGUCGCUACAGAAGACGCAAAUCCCCAAGUUGCAGUCGCUGCCAACGACGCCGCCGCAGCAGCAGCCGAAGCUGAGCAUGCAGACCUUUAGGCAGUCCACGACCGGCACACCGCCUGCCACGCCCAUGAACACACCAUCACCCACGAGCAAUCGUGAGAUACGCUUCAAGAUCCAAACGUACGAGAGCAAGACUCAGGAUGAGGACAAGCUGCCCAGUCUGUUCGAUCUGGUGCACAAGCAGGAGGCAGCCGAAAAGCCGGACACAUCGCCUAAGCCUCAACGUGAUAUUGCAGCUCUCUUGGCAGCAGCAGCUGCCGAGGCGGAUGAUCUCGCUAGGGAAUCGCCGCCGCCCUUAAUCGUGGGCAAGUGCACAAAAAUUGUGGACGACACUCAAAGCACAACAUGCUAUUCAAGCUCCAGCAGCGACGAGGAUGAUGGCGAGCAGGAUGACGUAGAUGCCGCUGAGCGCGAGUAUAUCUGUGAAGAUGGCGAGAAACUGGGUCCACCGGAACUGAUCAAUGGACCAGGACCCUCCGAGGCAUACUUCAAUAUGUACUGGCAUUCGAAUAUGUUGCCCACCAUUGGAGAGGUGGAGGAAGAGUUCUCCUCGCUGGAGCCGCAAUCCUUGACAAAUGGCCAUCCGAGUGCGAUUGCCGAGGAGCUAAAGAAGUUGCCGCAUUACGUAGCGCCAGAAAAGGCAACUGCCAAAAUGGAAGCCCAAGUGGAGCAGACGCAAGUGGAGCUGGGUGAAGUCCAAAACAAUGAUAAGAUUGCUGUGCAUGAGAAAGCAGCGGACGAUAAGGCCACCGAGCAGUUUGUGGAAAGUAGCACCGCUAGCACCGCUAAGACCACAACCAGCAGCACGGAGGAAACCAGCGAAAGCCUCAGCAGCAGCAGCAGCAGCCAGAAGAGCUCCAGCAAGACCCAACGCACAAUAACCACCAAAGUGGUAACCACCAAGAAGACUAGCAGCACCACAAGCAGCAGUAGCCUAAGCUCGUCCAGCACCGCCAAUGUCUUUACGACUCCCCUGGCGGACAUUUCCUUCAAGCUGCAGCCCUACGAGGAGCGGGAGGAGACGCAGCCGGCUAUAACGACAACCGUACACGAAGAACGUCGCGUGGUUAGCGAACAGCAAACGCUGAGCGAGCUGAGGACCAAGGAUGCACUGACUGGCGAGGAGCAGCUGUUGACUAGCGCCGAGUCGAAGUCGAGUAGUGCGCGCUUCAAGAAAAUCAGCAGCAACGACAAUCUGCUCGACCUGGCCGAUGUCGAGCAGCUGCAGCCGUUGACUGCCACCGUCUCGGCGGAGACGUGUCUAAAGGAGCGCCUGGACAAUCCACAGGAUAAACAGAGUAUUGAAACGGGUAUUUUGACCUUAUCCGAAUGUGGCAAGCAGCUGCAGCUGUCCGAGAACGGCGGCAUCAGCAGCUAUAUCGAGUGCGAGCAGACCGAGCAGCAAACCUACUUGGAGGGUCAGCAGCUGCUGAACGAUCUGCCCGUCGACACGGAGGCGCAGCCGACGCUCGAGCGUGAGUUCAGCGAGACUCUGACGGUCAGCAAGGAUGGCGAGAAGCAGGUGACCAAGCGGCUAGAGCAAAGCAAAGACACGCCCAGCAAGAAGGGCGCCAAGCUGCUGAAGAAGACGGACGAGGAGCGUCGCCUGGAGCAGGAGGCGCAGAAGAUCAUCGAGAGCUAUCAGAAAGUCAAGAAGGAGACGGAGAAGCUGUACAAUCUGCAGCUGGCUGAUGAUGAGCAGGGCUUUGACCUGAGCGCCUUUGAGCAGGUGGAGCCACAGGCCGAGCCAAAGGCUGAGCAGCUGACAGAGCCGCUGGUGGAGCAGCCAGUGGAGAGAGUGGAGCAGCAGCUAGAGGUGCAGGCGGCAGAGUCUGUGAAAAACCAGGCUGAACUGUUGGUGGAGCUUGCAGUGAAGCAGGAGACUAAGGCAUCAGUAGAGCAGUUGGUUGAUGCAUCAGCUGCCAAGCUGCAGGUUGAAAUCCCAGUUGUUAAAGAGAUCAAGACUACAGUGGAGCAACAAGUCAAGAGUCCUGUUCAGCAGUUAGUCGAGAUUCCUGUCGAGCUUCCUUUGGAGCAGCAGAUUGCAGCUGAGAGGCAAUGCAAAGCUCCUGUCGAGCAGCCAGCCAAGACAACAGUCGAGCAGCAAGUUGAGACUUCCAUUGAGCAGCCAGCCAAGACUACAGUCGAGCUACAAGUCAAGAUUCCUGUCGAGCAGCAAGUCAAGGUUGCAGCCGAGAGGCAAGUCAAGACUCCCAUUGAGAAGCAAGUCAAGUCUCCAGUUCAGACUCCCAACGAGCAGCCAAAGGAGCAGCCGAAGCUGAUCGAAACCAUAAAGCAACCACCUGCAGUUGAGGAUGAUCUGGGCUAUGUGCUGCAUAAGAACAUCAUCGAUGCACCAGCACCAAAGCCAGCAGCACUCCACAAAGCAGCGACGCCUAAGGUGGCGCCCAAGCCGGUGCCCGUGCCUGUGCCCAAGCCGAAGCCGCCAGUGCCCAGCAGCAAGCCCAAGAUGACGCCGGCUGUGGUGAAGCCCAAGACGGCGCCACCGCCAGUGCCCAGCAAGCGGAGUGAAGUGGGUUUGAGUGCUAAGCCAAAGCCGACACAGCGACGCAGCAGCCUCGAGCCGCCGCCCAAGCCGUUAGAGCGCAUCAUUGUGGGCGUGGAGCAGGCGAAGCAGAGCAGCUCAAUUAUCAAUUUGGCCAGCGUGGAUUUGCCCAAUGAGCCGCCCAAGGCUGUCAACGAGAAUCUGGUCGCCCAAGCUGUUGACCUGCUGCACGAUGAUCUGCACUUUGAGAGCCAUCAACUGCCGAAUGCAGAGAAGCAGCGCGAGGUUGUGGGUCAAAGUGGGGAAUCCCUGACUGAGCCCACUGGCGGCAAUGUGCUCAGUGCCAGCUCAUCGAUGACAUCAACAGCAUCGUCAUCGUCGUCGUCGGUUGCCACGCCCAUAACAACGCCAAUUUUGGUAUCGGCGACGUCAUCGCUAGAUUCGGUUAAAAGUGUCAUUGAGGUCAUCAAUGGGCAUGCCAGCGACAGGGACGAGCACAACGAGAGCAGCGACAAUAGACCAAAUGGAGACAACGCACAGCAUGUGGAGAACGAUGUGUCAACAACGUUGACGCUCGAUAGUGAACACGAAACAGAUCUUGGUACCCUUAACAACCACAACCACAACAACAGCAUCGGCACAGUUAACAUCACAGUAGCAGCAGCAGCAGGAGCAGGAGCAACUGGCAGCAAGAAGCCUCUACUAGCCACAGCGAGCGCGACUAAAACUUCCACUUCCACAUUGACUUCGACGGCCUCGUCCGCAUCCAAUUCGUGCCCAACGCUCGGCCCAAGCUUGCAGCCCAAGCAUAACAACAACAACAAAAUGGAGCUGCUGAGCAGCCCAGCAAUAGCAGCAACAACCACAACAACAACAGCAACAGCCACGAAGCAGCUGCUGGUGCAGGACUACCUGAGCUACGCAUCCCCACCGACCUAUUCCCGACUGCCGCCCGAUGGCCACGAGUUUCCGCCCAACUUCAGUGAGCCGCUCAUAAUGCAUCCCAAGCUGAGCUUCGAGCACAACAACAACAACAACAGCAGCAGCUGCAACAAAUUGGACGCUGCACCACCGCUACCCAAGACGGGACCGCCUCCAACCGUGCCGCGUAAGAUGUAUCGCCAGGAUUUGGUCAUCAAUAUGGAGGAUGCGCGUCCGACAGCACGCGCCACAGAGAGUGCGGCCACAGCGCCAUCUGGCGGCAGUGGCGUGCGCGACUAUCAACGUUCCUUGAGCGCCAGUGCGCCGCGCAAGCCCAGCGAUUGGCGCAAAGACGAAAAGUCCGAGAAAUCGGUGCGCGACAAAAUAGCCAUGUUCUCAUCCAGCAACGAACUGGACGCCAUUGCGCCAGCUCCAGCCACAGCCAGCUCCAGUUCCACUUUCUCUCGCAAGCCACUGAACAUGAGCAGCGAGAAUCUGCUGGAGGCGGCCUCCUCGACCCCAGCGCCUUCCCUGAAGACGCGCGCCAUGAGCGUGGAGAACCUGAACGAUGCACAGCGUCAGUACCAGUUGGCCAAGCAGCUGCCGCAGCUGCAUGUGGCCGACUCCAUGUACUCGCUGCACACGCUGAGCACGCCGAGCAACGGCAGCAGCAGCAUCGGCGGCGGCGGCGGCAGCAACAGCAGCAGCAGCAGCUACAACUACAACUACAGCUAUGCCUCCUUGCCACGUCGCACGCAUGGCGGCAGCAGCAGCAGCAUCACCUCCUCGGCUAUGGAGCGUCGCAUCAGUUUCUCGGGCGAGGGCGAUGCGGCCACGCGGAAGGCGGCCAUUACCAACAUAUUGGAGCAGCGGCGUCGCAGCUUGUCCAAGCUGCGCGGCCUAGUCAUACCGGAGCGGCCGCAGCUGCUGGAGCCCAUACUGGAUCUGCCCGAGAUCAAGAGUCAGGUGAAGGCGGCGAGUGGCGAGGACUCGACGGACAGCGGCCUGGGCGAGAUGCGUCCGCUGAGGCAGGCCAGCAACAGCACCAUCAGCAGCAGCAACAUUAACGCCAGCAACAUUAGCAACAGCAACAUGAAUGGCAGCAGCUAUCGCAGCUUCCUUACGGCCACACAGCGUCGUCCCUUGGAGACACAGCUCUCGCAGCCGCCUGCCAAGCCGCCCAGGACAUCGCUAGCUUGCACUUUGAGCGUGCCCAGCCGGCCAACCCCGCAACAGCAACAACAGCAACAGCAACAGCAGCAGCAACAGCAACAGUUGCCGCUGCAACAGAGCUUCCUCGCCGAUCAGGAGAGCGACACCGAUUCCGUGUUCUCCAAUACGGCACGCGUGCCCACGCCACCGGAGAAGUUCGCGCUGACACGCACGCUCAGCUCGGAGACAAACACCUCGAUAGCCAGCUCCAACACCUCCACCUUGACGUCGGGCUCGUCGGCCGGCUCGCAGGCCAGCUGCAGCUCGCUGGGCAGCACGCCCACCGUGGAUCUCACCCGGCGCGUGCUCAAGUGCCAGCUGAAUGGCAGCGCCAAUGCCAAUGGCAAUGGCAACGAUGCCAAUGCCAGUGCCAACAGCAAUCGCAAGAGCAUCCUGGCCUCGGCCAAGUGCCGCAGCGCCAAGAGUCGCGGACAGGAGAACUUCAAUGAUAACGACAACGACAGCACCGAUGGUGAGGCCUGCGUCCUGAACGGGCGUCGGCUCAAGUCUAACUACAAGCAACAGCAGCAGCAGCAGCAGCAACAGCAGCUGGCCAAGCAGCUGGUGGUGGACAAGCUGAUCAAUGUGGCUGCCUAUGUGGAGCUCACCUCGGAUACGGACGACAGCAGCCGGCGCUCGGAUACGCCGGCCAAGAUCAGUGCCAUGUUCAUCGAUGAGGAGCGCAAGGCCAGCUUCAAGGCCGAUCCCGUGCAGCAGGCCAAGCUGCGCGUGGUGCAGGCCAAGCCUGUGAUUUGCCCCAUGCCGCAGCGCACGCAGACGCCAAAGCUGGGCCUGGGCAGUGCCAGCAAGUCGCAGACGACGGCUGAGCUGCGCGAGAAAUUUGAGCGCAGCGCGGCGGCGGCUGCAGCAGCGGCCACGCCCCCAGUUCCAUUGCCCGUGCACAAGGCAAUCACGAGCGUUGCCCUGGCCAACGCUAAGCCGCACCAUGAGCGCUUCAGCUCGCUGGAUUCGCUGGCCUCCAGCUCCUCGGGCGUCAGCUCGACCACACAGAACGUGAGCACCACCCAGGAGACGGCCACGGAGUUCGGCAGCUUCUCAUCGUUGGGCAGCAAUCAGAGCUUGAUCACGGCACAAGAUGUGCAGCAGAUUGUCGAGGAGGCCGAUCCGCCACUGAAGACACCGGAAGCCUUCAUCAUAGUCCUGCAGCGGGAUACGCCAGAGAGCAGCAUUGGCAUCACACUAGCCGGUGGCUCCGACUAUGAGGCUAAGGAAAUAACCAUUCACAAAAUAUUGAGCAACACGCCCGCUGCCAAGGACGGACGCCUGAAGAAGGGCGAUCGCAUCUUGGCCGUCAAUGGCAUGAGCAUGCGAGGCCUAACACAUCGUGAAUCGAUCAGCGUGCUCAAGACACCUCGUCCCGAAGUCGUCGUCGUGGCCACGCGCUCCGAAUCGCUGAUCAUCAAGCCCCUGAAUAAGAAACGCUCUUCGCUGGGCUCGCUCAGCUCACUGAAUGAGAAGCCGACUGAGCUGGACUAUGAGCGCAAACGCAACUACCACAAGGCAUCGCGAUCGCUCGACCUGGAUCUGGACAUCGUGUCCAAUGAGGGUGGCGCCAGCACCGUGCCCAGCACGCCGAGCACACCCAGCACGGGCACGAGCAGUCCGCAACAGCCGGCCAGUCUGCUGGACGAGGCGAGCAGCAACGAUGCAGAGUUGACCAUUGCGGGCAUUCGGGCAAGGCGUCAGCUCUCUCGCGGAGAUGCAGCCAAGCUGAGCACCAGUGAGCUGCUGGAGCGUGCAGCAGAGGCACGUAAUGCCAUUGCCGCGGAGAUACGUGCGCAGGCUAUUGCAGCUGAAGACGUGGCGUCUGGCGCUGGUGCGCGUUGCGUGGAAAUCAUCAAGGACAGCUGUGGACUGGGCUUCUCCAUUGAGGGCGGCUUCGACUCGCCGUUGGGCAAUCGUCCGUUGAUUGUCAAGAAGGUGUUCAUGGGUGGUGCCGCCCAGAAGACCAAUCAGGUGCGCAACGGCGACGAGAUCCUUAGCAUUAAUGGUGCCUCAACGGCGAGAAUGACGCGCGUCGAUGCCUGGAACUAUAUGAAGCAGCUGCCGCUGGGUCCGGUCAAAAUUACAUUGGCCUAGAUUCUAUAUACAGUGUAGCUUGAUAAUGAUAAUGCGCCACAAUUUUUUAAGUUUUAAGAGAGAGCGAAGAAAGAGGGAAGAGAGCAGGCGAGCUGCGACGUUUUGUUUCUGCAUUUAGAGAGCGAUCUAUAUACAUGUAAUCGUAAUCAUAUAUACAUCUCUAUAUAUAUAUAUUUAAAUAAUUUAAAGUGCAAUUGAUAUAACUUUUCUAAUUUGAAUUGGGGCUGCGUCCUCUAUUAAAUAUAUAUAUACAUAUAUACACUUA